AUGAGUGAACUUUCAGAUGGAGUUGUGGCCCAUGCUUUCUAUCCACGAGACGGGCGAUUGCACUUCGAUGCUGACGAGGACUGGACUUUGAACUCCGAUCAAGGAGUCAAUCUAUUCCAGACGGCUGUGCAUGAAAUUGGUCAUUUAUUGGGACUGGAGCACUCCGUGGAUCCACGUGCGGUGAUGUUCUCCGCCAGACGACCCUACGAUCCUGACUUCGCACUCGGCGACGACGAUGUACGAGCGAUUCGUGUGCUGUUUCCGGUGGGUGGUACGAUGGAGGACGACCAGGCCUUCGAGUCGCCGUCGAGCAAAUUUGCCAACGUAUAUCGAGAGAUGACCAUAUCGCAGGUUGUCGAGAAUCUCCUCGGCGGACCUCCUCCAGUAGCAGCAGAACCAAUCGUGGCCAAACCGGAUGAGCUCGCAUUCCCAUUUCCCCUGCCCCGAUCAAACAGUCCCAGAAAAGGCACAUUCCUGUAG